GACAAUAACGAAUGGCUUGCCAGUACUGGCCAAUCUGUGCGUGCUAUCGUCGAAUUGGGAAGUAUUAAAAGCUUACAUAAUCGAGAACUAUUUGAUUUUGACUCAAUCUAGCCAUGUGCUCCGAUACAUGUCCAGUAGACCCCAGAGCUAUAUCCUGAAAUGGGAUAUCUAACCUCCAAUAUCAUUGAAUGAACGAACAUGGAAAGCGCUUAUCAGUGAUAUCCGUCCCGAACUAAUGUGAUCGGCAGUUGAUGACAGUCGACUUCCUAGCAAACCGAGUCAUAAAAUUUGUGAUUGAGAGAAAAUUUGACUAUGCUCCAUCAAAUUUGUGUCUGCGAGAAAAAGACUGAUCACAGUUAAGCAGUUAGGACAUCUACUCUGGACUUCUCUUAGUCUUUGGGCCUCUAUUCGACCCCCUUCACCAAGGGUUGAUCUGCUGCUGAAGUGGGGAUAGCUGAGACAAUUUCACACCCCUCAUUUAUCUCUCUUGUCUUUUCCCUGCAGGUACGAAAGUUGACGAAGGCUUCUCUGAACCGGUAACGAAUAUGACACCCUCCCUUCAAGUUAGUCUGGAAAGUUGAAAAAUGAGCGGUAGGAUGCAUUGCACUGCUCCGUAACUAUACGGUACUAUGGCACAUGGAUGAGACGAAUUUCUUGGUAGUCGAGAACCAGCAUUGCCGAUUUUCAGCCUCGUCCUGUCAAAUUUAGAGCCUCGCGUUCAGCGACUCUUUCAUUGGCUAAGAUGGCACGGCUACAGCCGCAACUAGCAAUUUUAGCUCCAAAAGGAAAAAAAGUUCAGCCGACGACAUUCAAUUGAUAAAGUAAAGCUUCCGCCUCGUGAUAAUUAAUUCGAAGUGGAUAGAUAAUACAACCUUCAACAAUGACAUCUACAGCUCAACCCACUCUUUCGUUUCCUCGCGAGACUUUCGCAAAGCUCUCUCCUCACCCAUACCUUCUCGCACAUCUCCAACCAAGUUGUCCAACCAAUUCAUCGAAACGUGCAAACGGUCGAUCGCCAACCCAAUUUCGCGCUCCACACAUCAAUACCGGCUCACUCACACAUGCCGAAGGUAGCGCAGUAGUACGUAUAGGAGAUACCGCCGUUGUCUGCGGAGUUCGAGGUGAAAUUCUACUUGCCAGCAAUGUUGGGACGUACCGAGUCGACAAAUCCACCACCGCUCCCUCGUCGCGACCAGGUUACAAUGAAGCAAAAGAAUUGGAUUUACUAGUUCCAAACAUUGAGCUAGCUACCGGAUGUUCGCCUGCAUUCUUGCCUGGUCAACCACCGAGUACAUUGGCACAAAGCCUAAGCACAAGAAUAUAUUCAUUAUUACACAGUUCGCGCAUGGUAGAUGAUGAGGAUUUAAGGAUUUGGUAUCAAUCACCUGAUCUGAGUGAGCAGGAUAGAAUGGAAGAUGAUGAAGAGCCAGAGACCGUCGAACCCGAAGUCAAGGCAUUUUGGACCUUAUAUAUCGAUAUUUUGUUCAUUUCGCUCGAUGGAAAUCCACUUGAUGCUGCUUGGGCCGCUGUUGUAUCUGCUUUGAGGAAUGUUAGAUUGCCAAAGGCACAUUGGGACGCAGACCGGGAGAUGAUUCUUUGCGAUGACGAGGUAUCAUUGUCGAAAAAACUAACUUUGAGGGGACUGCCAAUCGCUGCCACAUUUUUAGUAUUCAGGGCAAAAGAGCAAAAGCGCGGAAAGGAUAAGAAAUUCUGGAUUUUGGCAGAUCCGGAUACAUUCGAGGAGGGCUUAUGUGACGAGUCAAUCACGAUGGUUGUUGAUUGUAAAGCAGAUAAGCCAAAAAUACUGGGACUGUCAAAAGUUGGUGGAACUACUGUGGGAAAGGAUGAGAUGAAGCAUGUUUUGGAGCUGGCUGAAACAAGAUGGCAUGAGUUAAGUCCGUUGCUAAGUGGAUGAUUGUACAAAUAUUAAUUGAAGAGAUUUGAUAUGGUAGUAUUCAUUCUCUUAGUGAAGAAUGAACACAGAUUUCAGAGUCAAAUUCCGGAAACCAAUAUUUUGCAACAAAGGUUCUUUCUCAUGCCCCUGAGUAUACAAAACUAACAAUUGCCUACUUCUGUAUUCUUGCCUAUCAUUCAUUGAUCAUAGGUCAGGAUCAAUGUGUCCCAAAGCUUGAAUUCAAGCAUUAUCGCCUGUGUCAUUUCAGCGGCAACAUGCGCAUCGUCGUAGAUAUUUUUGUCUGAUACAAGAAACAAAAGGCAGUUCCCGACUUUCAGAGUUGAAGUUCGUUCUUACGAACAGUUGAGGUGCUAUGUCCCCAAAUUUACGAGCACAUAUUCGUCUUAAAAUUGAAUUGCGGAGGAUUAGCUACAUGAAGCAAUCGAUUUGUAUGGCCACCUACGACCUGGGCGGAUAUCGCGAUUCACUUGACUCACCUUCCCAUAUACCGUUCUGUGUCGUCCUAGUCUCGAGAAGUCUCCUUGAUGAAUAUCGAUCAAUCGCGAUUUCCAAAGAUCUUAUUGAUAUGUUUUAUUUCAUAUUGUAUGUGAAAGGCGUCAGGGUUAUUUCAAAAUUUCAGAAACUAAUUAGUAUAGAAGCAUGUGCGUUCAAUUCUGAUGAUACUCGGGACCCCUUUGACUUACUCGUUGUUUUGAGCAGUAUUUUGAUAACUUACUUCAGGUGAAUGCCAUGUGUCCUUCAUAGUUUAAGGCUUGCAAGGGUAUUUAUAUAAUGAACAAUCAUUACA